AUGGACUUCGAUCCAAAGAUUGCCAAGUUCCAAACUUCUGAUCCUACCUCAUUCGCCUAUAUAACUGUAAGGAAAAGAUGGCCUAAUAUCCUGACCGGAGCGAUUGAUGAUGUUCAUCGCGCAGUUGGCGAGGUAGAAGCGUCAAACAAUGACAAGAUCAAAGACGGCAAAUCAAUUGUUGAGCAAUUGGCAAAGCUGAAAUAUGAGCUCCAGCACAACCGCCAGUUAUCGCGUCUUGAGGACGAUGAUGAGGCGGAUGUAGAGAGCUACAAUGCCGAACUGAAGGCUCGUGGGGAUCCGACAUGGCACAACGUGGAAUGGCUUUACUCAGAAUGCUAUUUGUAUCGGCGCAUCAGCAGCCUCUUUCGGCGUUCUAAGCAUUGGAAAAGCUACGAUGUCUUCGGACGGCAAAAGAUGUCUACUUUCAAGUCAUCAAGACCCGCUGUUCUCGAGCUUGCGACGAAGUACAAGGCGAUCGUAGAACAGACUAGGCAAAAAUCUACCAUCGUCUCCUCCAACGAGCCCACUGAAAUCGAAGAGGCAGAGAAAGUCUUGUUCAUGGAGAUGUGCGAGAUUUGUCUAUGGGGCAACGCUACCGAUCUCUCGCUCUUGACGUCUCUCAGCUACGAGGAUAUCCAAAAGCUGCAGGGAGCCAAUGCACGCAAAGAAUCAGAGAAGAAUAUCCUUGUGAAUGACUUGCCAGCAGCGUUUGCUACCCUCCAGAAAGCCAAGAAGGCUGGCAGAAAAUCAAGAGUCUCGAUAGUGCUGGACAAUGCAGGAUUUGAGCUCUUCGUGGAUCUGAUUCUGGCAGGGUUCUUGCUGACAGGAGGGCUUGCUUCAGAGGUCAUUCUACAUCCGAAGUCGAUACCAUGGUUCGUGAGUGAUGUCGUACCCAAGGAUUUUGUGGAUCUUCUCAACGUGAUGGCCGAUCCACAAGCUUUUUAUGCUACAGAUAUCGGCACAUCCAGUGACACGACCCCAAUGCCUUUGAUGGAAGAGGAGGUGGGAAACCUUAGGUUUCUGUUCGACAACUGGAGCAAUCUGCAUCGUGAGGGCAAGCUUUUGCUACGACCUAGUCGAUUUUGGACACAUCCUGGGAGCUUUUGGCGCAUGCCGCAUACAGCUCCUGAGGUUCUGGAGGACCUGAAAGAAAGCGAGCUUGUCAUCUUCAAGGGCGAUCUCAAUUAUCGGAAAUUGACUGGUGAUGCAGCUUGGGAUCCCACGGCGCCUUUCGCCGACAGCCUUGGCCCGCUUGGAAAAGGAUCCGGUGUACGUUCGCUCGCAUUGAGAACUUGCAAGGCUGAUGUUGUGGUCGGGUUGCCUCCGGGCCGAGAUGAAGAACUUAGACACACCGAGGGAGGUGGAGGCGACUCAGGGGCAAGAAAAUGGGCAUGGAGUGGUAAAUGGGCUCUUGUGCAGCUUUGUGAUGGAAAGAUAUAG